GCCUUCUCCUUCGGUAAUAAUUUCCCCGACCAAGAAACGAAGUCGAGCUAAGAAAAGUAGGAGCGAGAGAAAGAGAGAUAAAGAGGGGCGAAUGGCCUCGCCGUCGAGGCCAACACGAGUCUCGUCUCCCCUGCUUCUAGGGUUAGGGUUCCUGAUUGCCCUCAUCGCCUUCGCGCUUCAGUUCUACAUAAGGAAGCAUCUCCGACCGAGACUGUGGACCGUGGAGGAGUUGAGCUUGUACAAUGGGACUGAGGACGGGCUACCGAUACUGCUCGGAAUACUAGGAUCAGUGUUUGAUGUCACAAAAGGAAAAACACAUUAUGGCCCUGGAGGAGGUUAUCAUCAUUUUGCUGGCAGAGAUGCGUCACGAGCCUUUGUAUCUGGAAACUUUACAGGUGAUGGAUUAACAGACUCAUUGCAUGGUCUAUCCACUAUGGAGGUAAAGAGUGUUGUUGACUGGAGAAAAUUUUACAUGGAAAGAUAUAUAUUUGCUGGUAAACUCGUUGGCCGGUAUUAUGACAGCCAGGGGAAUCCCACAAAAUAUUUGAAAGGUGUUGAGUCAAAGGCUAAACGAGGAGCUCAGCUUUUAGAGAAGCAGAAAAUUGAGGAGGCUAAGAUACCAAGUUGCAAUUCUAAAUGGAGUGAACAAGAGGGAGGAGAGGUCUGGUGUGAAACUGGCUAUCCAAGAUUAGUGAAGAGACCAGGGGAUAUAGCCCUCACUGGAAAAAUCAGCCAGCGUUGUGCUUGUUUUAAAGAAGAGGAGCUCGGACGGCCGGGUCUUGAGGUGUACAAGGACUGUGAUUAUUUGUCCAAAUCUUGCAGAGUUUAGUCAUCAUCUGGCUUAAAAGCAUUGCACCAAUGUACAACACUAUGAUAGCUGUCAGGAGUCACUUGAGACUGGGACUGUUUCCCGCAGCUGAUUGAUUAUUUCCUUCUCUAACUAUUGAUCUAAAAGUAUUUUAUCAUGGGUCGAUAUCUAAUAGUUGUCUCUCUUAUUUAUAUUAUUUUCUCCAUAAUAUUUGGGCCA